GGGGCAGGCAGCGCGGGCAGCAGGAUGGCGGAGGGCAGCGCAGUGUCGGACCCUCAGCACGCCGCCCGGCUUCUCCGCGCUCUAAGCUCGUUCCGAGAGGAGGCCCGCUUCUGCGACGCGCACCUGGUGCUGGAGGGCGAGGAGAUCCCGGUGCAGAAGAACAUCCUGGCGGCCGCCUCGCCCUACAUCCGAACAAAAUUAAACUAUAAUCCUCCAAAAGACGAUGGAUCAACUUAUAAAAUUGAACUUGAAGGAAUAUCAGUAAUGGUUAUGAGAGAGAUCCUGGAUUACAUCUUCAGUGGACAGAUCAGGCUAAGUGAAGACACAAUCCAAGAUGUUGUUCAAGCAGCAGACUUGUUGCUGUUGACAGAUCUGAAAACUCUCUGCUGCGAAUUUUUGGAAGGUUGUAUUGCUGCUGAGAACUGCAUUGGCAUUAGAGACUUUGCACUGCAUUAUUGUUUGCAUCAUGUACAUUAUCUUGCUACGGAAUACCUGGAGACUCAUUUCCGAGAUGUCAGCAGCACUGAAGAAUUCUUAGAAUUAAAUCCUCAAAAACUGAAAGAAGUGAUUUCUCUUGAGAAGUUAAAUGUUGGCAAUGAAAAAUAUGUAUUCGAAGCAGUUAUUCGAUGGAUAUCCCAUGAUUCCGAAAUAAGAAAGGUCCACAUGAAGGAUGUUAUGUCAGCUCUAUGGGUUUCAGGGUUAGACUCCAGUUAUUUACGGGAACAGAUGUUGAGUGAACCAUUAGUACGGGAGAUCGUCAAAGAAUGUAGCAAUAUACCACUCAGCCAACCACAACAAGGAGAAGCAAUGCUAGCAUCUUUCAAACCCAGGGGUUAUUCUGAAUGCAUAGUAACUGUUGGUGGUGAAGAAAGAGUCUCAAGGAAACCAACAGCAGUGAUGCGUUGUAUGUGCCCACUUUAUGACCCUAAUAGGCAGCUCUGGAUUGAAUUGGCCCCAUUAAGUGUUCCAAGACUUAACCAUGGAGUACUCUCAGCAGAAGGAUUUUUAUUUGUAUUUGGGGGCCAAGAUGAAAAUAAGAAGAUCCUGAGCUCAGGCGAAAAAUAUGAUCCAGAUUCUAAUUCAUGGAGUGCAUUACCACCAAUGAAUGAGGCAAGACAAAAUUUUGGAAUUGUGGAGAUAGAUGGAAUGCUAUAUGUUUUGGGUGGUGAUGAUGGUGAGAAAGAGCUGAUUUCCAUGGAAUGUUAUGAUAUAUAUUCUAAAACCUGGACAAAACAGCCUGAUUUGACCAUGGUUAGAAAGAUUGGCUGCUAUGCAGCUAUGAAAAAGAAAAUCUAUGCAAUGGGGGGAGGAUCAUAUGGAAAACUUUUUGAAUCUGUGGAGUGUUAUGAUCCUAGGACCCAGCAAUGGACUGCUAUUUGUCCAUUAAAAGAAAGCAGAUUUGGGGCUGUAGCUUGUGGAGUUGCCUUGGAACUCUAUGUAUUUGGUGGAGUCAGAACUCGUGACCAAGAAAGUCAAACCAAUGAGAUGGUGACAUGCAAGUCAGAAUUCUACCAUGAUGAAUUCAAAAGAUGGAUUUAUCUUACUGACCAAAAUUUAUGCAUCCCAGCAAGUUCCUCCUUUGUUUAUGGAGCUGUUCCUAUUGGGGCCAGUAUCUAUGUGAUUGGAGAUCUUGAUACAGGUACCAACUAUGACUACGUUCGUGAGUUUAAAAGAAGCACAGGCACUUGGCACCACACAAAACCACUCUUUCCAUCAGACCUUCGCCGCACUGGCUGUGCUGCCUUGCGAAUUGCAAAUUGCAAGCUUUUCCGACUGCAGCUUCAGCAAGGACUGUUCCGCAUCCGUGUUCCUUCUCCUUGAAGGCUCUCUUGGAUAUGGGAUAGAAGCAACAACCUGACAUAGUGCACCAAAACCUAGCUUUAGAUAAGGCAGAACAGAGAGGACAACUAAAACUUAACUCUCUACACUGUGAUUUGGUAUGGUAACUCUUGGGGUUUUGUAAUGCUUAAAAGCUGGAGCUUUAGCUCUUGCUAGGGGAGAAGGUAACUAUUCCAAAACAACCUUAGGUGAAUGAAUGAACUUUUAUAUUAAGUCAGAAGUUUGUGGACUGAUGGAGAAUCAUCAGUACCAGGAAACAGAAGGGAAAUGGGGAUUAAUAGAAUGUUAAAACUAAAACACUAAGGUGCAUUUUCCCCAAAGGGAACUCCUUUUUACUAAGUCUGCUAUAUUAAAGUAGGUGGCUUUGGUAUACAGAAAAUCUGUAUGUAAACCAAUGUCUCUAAGCAUACAAUGAAUGCUUUUCUACAGCAAUCAUGUCCAGCUCUGCCCAACAACUUAAGGUCUUUGCUUAUGCCUGAGAGGGUGAAUGUGGACCCAGGUCUAUUGGCUUAGUGCUCUGUCAGGAGACUCUAAAUAUAUAUAUUUAAACAUAUAUAUAAUAUAUAUAUAUAUAUAUAUAUAUUAUGAUCAGUUGCAACUAAGGUAAUAAUAGAAUUCUAUCUUUUUUAAGCACUCCAUCUGAAUAGUCUAAAGAUUCAGCAUAUACAUGAUUCAGGAGGCAGCCCUCAUGAAUUUAAAGAAGCUGCUGACUUCUCUCUUAUGCCAAGAGAAGACUUGAAAUUAUGCUCCGUUAUCUUCCUCUGAAUAUGAACCCAAAUCUUCUCUAUCCCCAUAGUAGCUAUCUAUGGUUGGGUUCUUUUUCCUUUGCUUACUCAUUUUUAUUUAUUUAUUUUUGUUUUAUUUUGUUUUUAGCAGCUAUUAGUGUUAAUCAAGUUCUAGUCCCAAGAUAUGGGGAAUGAUGCUCCAAGCCUCACAUCCUUCUUAGUAUUAUUUUCUGUGGUCUCUCUUAGGGCCCAGCCUUGGGCUGUCCUCUCCACUCUUAAACUACAACUAGGGCCCCCAGCCAUGCUGUCCCAAAAAUGAUCUUGCUUACUAUGGUCUCUCCAAUGGCUGCAAACUACAGUUGUCUUCUCUGCCUUGGAACUGAAACCAGGGACUGUGGUCUCCUGGAAGUGCCCACAGCCAGCAGGGUCUAUACCCUUCUGCUACUGUACUCACCAGGUAGCUGCUAGCUCCUUCUCCCCCAUAGCAGCAGCCCAGCCUGGGAGAUGUGUCUGGUCAGCACAGCUGUGCUUGGAGUUCCUCAACAGUGGAGGGUCCUUCAAUCUUCUCCUACUCAGCAGUCAGACCCCCCACACACUGUCUGUGAGAUGAAAAGUUUCUAAGGCUGUGGCUGCCUCCCAACCCCAGCUGUGUGCCCCCCCACCCCACCCCACCCCCAUUUAUUGUUUGAUGAUUCCACAGAGUUGGCCUGGAGGUGUUUGUACUUCACUCAGGCUGAACCUAUACCCUGGAGGUCGAAUCUUUCCUGGGGGUCUUCUUAAGUUGUCUUAGGAGAACAACUGCUCUACUCUGACUUUUGUUUAUUUCCGCUGCUCUACAUUUCUUCUGAGGCAAUGUUCUAUCUUUUUUAAGGAGGAAAUUUGGAGAGCCAAAAGUUUUCUGACCUACUCCAUCAUCUUCCCAGAAUCCUCUCAAAGACUUGAAAUUAUGAACAUCUUUCAUGUGAUUUUUAUUUCUGGGUUAGCAUAUUUGGAGUCAUGAAGGAUCUUAGGAAAUACCCUUCUUCCAUCAUCAGUUGACCAAAACUUAUUGUUUUGAUAGGUCUGAGAAUUUUAAUAAGCAAGAAAAAUAUUGACAAAAAGCUGUGUCAGAAAAACAAAAUUUAAGGCUGCUAAGUUCUAAAGGAAAUUGUCCAGGCAACAUGUCUUGGGUUUAAAAACCAUGUUUUUAAGGAAAUAUUUAUUCUAAAGCACAUGAAGUCUUGUUUACUGCUGUUUGGUUUGAACACUGUUAAGAAUGCAUUUUUGUCUAAGCAGUAGAUUCUUCCCAGUAUUGUUCACCAGUGGGACUUCUUAGUCAAACUGUAGUGGUGUGAGUAAAGAUUGGCUGGUAGAAUAAACUACCUACCUCAACUUAAUUUUAUUCUGUCGAUAAUAUAACAAACUGAGCUUACAUAUCAUGGUUGGGGGAAAAAAACAAAUCCUCUUUCCUUUUCUCUACUCUUCCCCCUAAAAACUCCACCUCUUCCCUAGCAAAAAAGACCAUUCAGUUUAGCAGAACCUUUAUUUUAGUAUGUUCUUUUUUUCCACUCUUAACUCUUACAUCCUCCAUUUGAAAUCAUGGGCUUUAUGAUUGCUUCAUAAUCUGAACUUUAUGCAAACUUUCUGACCAGCUUGAUAUGUUUGGUUUCUAUUGCGUUUUUUUUUUACCAUUUAUUUCUCUUAGUAUAUGGUUGCAAAUUCUGCUAGUGUCAGACCUAACUAGCAGGAUCUAUCUCAACAUUUAAUAAAUGGUACACUUUGAUUAUAAAAUUAAAAGCAAGAGUUUCUUGUAGAAACUUUUUAUGUGAAAUAUUUAUAUGCUGUCAUCAUGCAUUUAAAAAUUUUUCCAUCAUGUUUGUCUACCAACUAGCAAAAAGUAAAAGGGUGGUUGAUGUGCUUUUUUUCCCCUUCUCCCAUGCCUGUCAGAAGAUAACAUAGUUUUACUGAAAUGGAUUCAGGUAUAUGUACUUUCUGACCAGGUGUGCACUAUAAAGACUGUGCCAAAAGAAUCCUGAAGAAGGCUGCAUAUAGCACAGUAUCUUUCCCUUCUGGCCCUGAGAUGUUUGUGUGUGAAGUUACCAGGUUUUGUAUUUCACACUGGAAAUUUAUAUGCUGCACUGAAGCCAGUGGGCUGACUUUGCUUGACAAUAAUGUUAGAUAAUUGUUUAAAUUAAACCACGUUUUUUUUUCCUGUUGGUGUAUCCCAACACCAGUUGUUCUGUGCAAAUUUUCAUGAUGAUGUUAUCUUUUAAUCAAAGCAAGUCAACAAUGAAGACACAUUUCAAGUAAAGUCAAGAAGAUGACACAGUAAGAAAUAGAAAUUACUUUUAAAAUUAGGUACUAGUUAUAGAAGAAAAAAAAUCUCCAAAGAUGAUCUCCAGGCUGCAAUAUCUCGUGCCAGGUGCUUUCCCAACUAGAAAUGGAGUGUUUGGCAAGUGUUCAAAAAUAGUAGUUGAGAUUUGUUUCAAAGGAGACUUUGGUAUCUUUGUUAAAGCCACUAUGUUUCUUUAUUUUUAUGCAUGUAUGUAAUUUUCUCAAGAUUUUAUAAUGCUUCUCCAAACAAUGGUAGGAAUAACAAUAGCAGCUCAUAUUUGAGGGGAAGAAUCCCUUCAAAGGAGAAAAUUCACAGGAUUUUUUUUUUAGUUAAUACAUUCCUACUUGCAAUAUUUCUAUACCUAUGUAAUUCGGUAAAUAAGUCUUAAUAAAAAUGAUUUUUUAAAAAUCGGUUUACAGUGUAGCUACCCAAAUUAUGUAAUGUUUGUGAAGUGGACUUGCUACACAGUCAAGUAUGCAAUAACCAAGCUGCUAAGUGCCAAACUCUUAUUUUAGCUGUAUAUACAAGGACUACAAAUUCUUGUGUUGAAAUGCAGGCAUGUGCUUAAUUUCAUUAUGUUCUAAAAUAAAUGGGGGGGGAGGGAGUUUUUAAAUUAGAGCUGCUUUAGUAUUGGAAAAUAAUUUUUACUUAUUUUAUGCAGGUUUGUGUUCAACCCUCCACUUAUGCCUUGAAGUACCAUAUUGUGAUGGAUACAUUUUUCAAACUCCUUUUUCAUUAGGACACUUGUCCCAAUCAUGUAUAUAGUGAUUGGCAGCUGAUAACAGGUCUUGAAAUUUUAAAUAUAAACACCUUCGGGUAAAAGUGCAAUUCAUUUUCACAAUCUCACCUUUAAGGAGAGUUAUCUCAGGUUGUCAGAGCAAAUGGAAGUACUAAAUGGCUCUCCCUUAGGCUAUGACAUGAAUCAGUUUUAUUUUUUCUAUGGACACAUGCUCUGGGGGAGAGGUAUUGUAGAGGAUAUUUGUGUUUUAGUGAUGGUAAUGAGGGAAAGUGAUUGGACUAGAUGACCUAAAAUGAUGAUUCUCUCCAAUAAUGGAUUUUCAAAGGAAAUUUAAAAAUUAGGAUGAAGAUACUUUUUAGUUUUUGAGAAUGCUUAUAUCCUGUGAAGAGAGUGAGUGUAUGUAUGUGUGUGUUUGUGUAGGUAGCUGUGUGCAUGCUUAUGUAUUGUUUGGUAUGUGUUUUAGCAUGUAUGUUAAUAUGUGUUUGCUUUUUAAAAUUUUAGUUUUGGUCUAUAUAUGUUACCAACUUUUGGUGCUUCAGAUUUACUCUAGAACCUACUGAUCUUCAGUUUUAAACUGCUGUGUUAAUAAAUAAUUGGGCAAUAAAAUCCGUGUUGAGUAUAAA